CGGGUAUGUUUGAAACGUCUACGGGAUAGUGCUGUUUUAAAUGACACGCAGUGUCUAGAUGCACAGCUACUUUGUCACAGGGGUUUCUUUGGCUCUCGCAGUCACGCCUACUAUCGCAUCGAGUCCCGUUGUAGAAACAAAGAAACGGUUUUGCCGGCGUAGUAGUGGAAGUUUGUAGCAUUAUAUUUCCGCUAGUUGUAAACCAGACGAAAUCACGCUUAGUUUACAAAUGAACGGGUGCAGCUACGUUAGCUUUUUGUUGCUGUGUACUUACUGUGUGCAUGGGAAGCCUACCUUAAGGAAAGAGAGGGUCGUCCACCAUGAUCCCGAAUUGAGCAGACAAGCUCAUGAGGAUAACCAGAGCUAUCAGUAUGAUCAUGAGGCCUUCUUAGGCAAAGAGGAGGCCACUACUUUUGACCAGCUGACACCAGAGGAGAGCAAGGAAAGAUUAGGGAAAAUAGUUGACCGAAUUGACAGCGAUAGAAAUGGAUACAUUACAACAGAUGAACUCAAUGCCUGGAUCAAGAGGGUCCAGAAGCGCUAUGUCUAUGAAAAUGUGGCCAAAGUGUGGUCCGACUACGACCUGAACAAAGACAACAAAAUCUCCUGGGAGGAGUACAAACAGUCAACGUAUGGCUACUACCUGGCCAACCCUGAGGAGUUUGAGGAUGAUAAAGACCAGUUCAGCUUCAAGAAGAUGCUGCCGCGAGACGAGAGGAGGUUUAAGGCAGCCGAUGUGGACGGUGACCUGGUGGCCGGACGGGACGAGUUCACUGCCUUCCUGCACCCCGAGGAGUUUGAUCACAUGAAGGCGAUAGUGGUCCUUGAAACUCUGGAGGACAUCGAUAAAAAUGGGGAUGGCUAUGUGGACGAAGACGAAUAUAUCGCUGACAUGUUUGCCCAUGAGGAGGGAGGCCCUGAACCUGACUGGGUCAGGACCGAACGAGACCAGUUCUCGGACUUCCGCGAUCUGAACAAGGACGGAAAGAUGGACACGGAGGAGAUUCAGCACUGGAUCCUCCCUCAGGACUACGACCACGCACUGGCUGAAGCCAGACACCUGGUAUACGAGUCAGACUCAGACAAGGACCAGAUGCUCACCAAGCAGGAGAUCCUGGAGAACUGGAACAUGUUUGUGGGCAGCCAGGCCACCAACUACGGGGAGGACCUGACCAGGGACCGCGACGAGCUGUGAGCGCUGCUGGAGAAGGCAUCGCAGGACACUGGAGGACCCCCCACCGCACCGCACCGCACUCGGCUGCGUGUGUGUACCUCUGUUUCGGGAGACUCUUGCGGGCAGCUCUGGCGACGCGUCCACACACACACACACACACACACACCACCACCACCGCACACUUCUCGGCACUGCAUAUGGGACUCGGAGAGACAAGCGACUGGGAGACCCCCCUGAUGGCAGGGCUACCUCAGAGGGACGGGGGGACACCGAGGGCAGCCUCUCCAUUUCACCUGACCUGCCUGCCUGGAUCAGGGACCAUCCCAGCUGUUAAUGUGUAGACAGAUUGUGUGUGUGUGUGUGUGUGUGUGCGCGUGCGUGCUGCUUUUCCUUCUGCCCACCAGCCCGCUCCUCUGAAUUCUUUCAUCAUACCAACCCAGGUGUUUGCUGUUGCUGUUAUUACUGAGUGAUCCAAAUACUUCAACUUCCAAAUCGACCCUUUAUUCCCCACUGUUAUUUUUUCGUAUUUCCCUUGUAUGUGUGUUGUAGGUAUGAAUUGUUUGAAGUAUAAGUGAGAUGUAUGUCAACGUUUUGCCUGUUUUGUGUGGGCCAGUAUGAAAGCACAAGCAAGGAACAUGUACUAACUUAAUUUAUUUAGUCUUUAACUUUUGAGAAGAUGUGAGCUAAUAGGCCUGACAGGAUUUCAGCUGUCGCUACGAGUGAUGAAUGUGUCAAGGCCCCAUCACAUGACACGCGACAUGCGCUAUGAAACCCAUUACUUUCAAUGGUUUGGGCGCGCAAGAAUUGGUCUGCCGCUGCGCUCAGCAGCAUAGCGGCAUUUUUGCCGCUUUGCCACUCUUGCGCGUACCGCGGUCAAAGUUGAAAUGUGUUGAACUUUGACCGCGGCGCGCUGUAGGUCAAUGGUCUUUUGCGCGGAACCCAGCGGUACCCACAACAACAAUCGUUAGAACGUUACCUCGACCAAGAGCAACCUAGCGGUGAGCGCAGCGCAUGCCGCCUGUAAUGUGAUGGGGCCUUCAGAGAUGUAUAGAAACACUAGCGCACGAAUACUGUUAUUUAUGAGCGUUCCCGCCUUUUUAGAGUGCCGUCACCAGAGUUUCUUCAGCCGUGAAUUUGACUUUCAUAGUCAAACAACUGCAGCUGCCUGAAAAUGUUACUAACCGACAUGUCUUAAGGACAUAACUUUUUGCACGUGUUUUCUUCAAUCUAGUUCACAUGCAAUCCCUUUUAGCUUUAGUUUCCAUUUCAAUGCCGUUUUGAAGUACUUUACGGCCUGCAUGGACAACUGUUACAUAAUAUUUUACAGUAUGCUAUAAGAUAUGAGCCUUUUUUUAUAAGUGAAUUACUUUGUGCUGUUUUGUUAUGGACAUGGCUCUGGCCAUGGGGUGAAAUAACUUGAAUUUCAGGAGAAGCUGGGGGGUGUCUUUGCAUUAAGCUUUCCUUGAGGCUUUUCCAUUUUGAACCCAAUUCCUAUUUCAGGUGAACUCUCCCCCUCUCCAGCACCCUUCCCCCCACUGUUAAACUACAUUAUGUUGUAUGUACUAAAGAACCCUGUUAAUUUUUUAAAGAAACACGUUUUUUCCUCUUAA